ACGGCGAUGCGACAGACCCCGAACGACGUUCGGGUCGCCGAUUCGGAAGCCGGUUCCCUUAGUGGGGGACUGGAACUUAAUAAAUACCGGCCACAGCUGAUUUCCCCAACAGUUCUGCGAACAGCGUAAAGAAAGCGAGAUAGUGCGUAGGACCUUGUGGGGGAAAAAGCCGGCUGCCGGUUUUCUGCUGCUGAGUCAGAUAACUUUUGUGAUAAUUAGGUGUUAACAGUAAUCGGUUAAGAUGGAAGUUCUUCCGGUGACUAAUGAAACGUACAAUAAUGAAGAAGAAACUUGGGAUUACGAGUACCCAGAGUCGGAAGAGGCGGCUCUAAUAGAGGCCCUCUCGAAGAGGCUAGAGGCCGAGUUGCGCACAGCAAAGAGAACGCAUCUCUCAGUUGGAGAAGUCCUUCUGCCUAACGGGUUAACUCGCAGGAUUGCUCAAGACAUGUUCCACUUGGCGGACAGCGAGCCCUGCGGUCUGCGGGGGUGCGUCCUCUAUAUCCUCUUCGAGGGCAACGGGGUCAGCAGAAAGUUGACUACUAUACAGUGCGACCCCACGACCCCGGCCACCUUCGAGGUUUACUUAACGCUCAAGCAGUCCACGGCCGGGUGGAAUUCGUUUCUGCCGCAGUUCUUGAAGAAAAUAACAAGAAGCGGUGCUGUGAUGAUAAGUGCAGAAUACGCGCUUCAAAAGAAGAAGCUGUACAGAUCUUCUCUAGAUUAGAGAGUCGCUUUGUCUGGAAUUUGUGUACCUAGGUAGAAAAGACUGAGUUUUUCUAUCACAGUGAUAGGUCUAUAAGUAUAUAUAUAUCAUACAUGUCAUCAACUGCAAUUUUUUCUUAUUUAAAUCGUUUUUUAUCGAUCAUUUUGUCUCUUGAGAAAUCGUUCAUGAUUUUUAUUAUUGUGUUGUAAAGUGCAUAGUUUAUACAAAUCAAGUGAUAGUAUUUGGAAAAGAAAUAUACAUAUAUUUAAGAUAGAGAGUAAGGAGCAAUAAUCGAAAGAAUGCAUUGUGACGACCAAAACUUUCAGCGGCUUUUUCAAAAAAAGCCCCCUGAAGUUGUGAUAAGUGGUGUAAUUUAAUUUUUAUCGAGAAAGUAUUUGUUUUUUUUUUCUUUAAAAAAUAUUUUGUGAUAUUAGUUUGGUACAUUGUGCCUGAAGCGGAAUUAACAAAUUUGAAGAGACGGUUUGAUUUUUUGCGUCGCCCGAGAAAUUCAGUAUUAAGUUUUUUAAUUCUCAUUCAGGCAUUGCGUGUGAUUUGAUCUCAACGAGCGCGGUCGAAAUACAUUGACAGAUGUAGUUUUGACUAGAAUCUAAGAGUUUUGUACAUUUUCGAUGAUGUAAUUUUUAAGUUUUUAUGUUUUCUUUUUUCUAUCGCAAGCGUGAUAGUACAGGUAUCUGUACAAUGAGCUUUUUUUUAUAUAAAAAAUACGAAAAACUGUGAAAAAAAAUAAAGGUUCUUUAUUUUA